GACGUAAUCUUCGCGCAUGCGUGGCUCAAUCGUGUCAUCCGGCAGUGUCACGUGAUACGGGACCUGCUGACAUUUGUAUUAUUAUUAUUAUUAUUAUUAGUUCCGCACGAACAAAGUGGAUCUGAAGUGACUCACCGACGACAGAACAGGCAGCAGAAGCUUCACGUGACAGGAAAGGACACUUUCCACCAUGGUUGAUGACCUAAAGAAGUACCUGUUCAAACAAUUACAAAGUGUUGAAGGCAUUCACGCCAUCGUGGUCACAGACAGAGAUGGAGUCCCGGUCAUCAAAGUUGCCAGUGAUAAUGCUCCUGGUCCUGCUAUGAAACCUGGCUUCCUGUCCACCUUUGCCCUGGCCACAGACCAGGGCAGCAAGCUGGGCCUCUCCAAGAACAAGAGUAUCAUCUGCUACUACAACAGUUACCAGAUUUUGCAGUUCAAUCGGUUACCCCUGGUGGUCAGUUUCAUUGCCAGCAGCAAUGCCAACACAGGCCUGAUCAUGAGCUUGGAGAAGGAGUUAGCGCCUUUAAUAGAAGAGCUGAGGCAAGUCGUGGAAGUCACUUAAACUUUGAAGUGACGGUCUACUUCCUGUAUGUCGGCUGUCAACGCAAGAAGUGGAAAUAAAGGUUUGAUUUCAGUA